AUGACUCGUCUCUCUUCUGUGCUCUGCGCACUGGCUGCUUUAGGCCAGACUGCCCUGGCAGCUCCUGGUUUGUCGCCUCGGGCUUCAACCAGCCUGGACGCCUGGCUCGCCACUGAGACUACUGUCUCCCUCAGUGGAAUCCUAGCCAACAUCGGUGCCGACGGUGCCUAUUCCAAGAGCGCCAAGCCCGGUGUGGUUAUUGCCAGUCCUAGCACGGACAAUCCUAAUUACUACUACACAUGGACCAGAGACUCUGCUCUCACUUUGAAGGUACUUAUUGAUCUCUUCCGCAAUGGGAACCUUGGCUUGCAGACCGUCAUUGAGGAAUAUGUCAAUGCGCAAGCCUACCUUCAGACCGUCUCGAACCCGUCGGGUGAUCUCUCGAGCGGUGCUGGUCUUGCUGAGCCGAAAUUCAAUGUUGACAUGAGUGCAUUUACUGGAAGCUGGGGACGCCCUCAACGUGACGGCCCUGCCCUGCGUGCCAUUGCUUUGAUUGAUUUUGGCAACUGGUUGAUUGAAAACGGAUAUACCAGCCUUGCUGCUAACAACAUCUGGCCCAUUGUGCGCAACGAUUUGUCAUACGUUGCUCAAUACUGGAGUCAAAGCGGCUUUGACCUAUGGGAAGAAGUCAACAGCAUGUCAUUCUUCACCGUCGCCAACCAGCACCGUUCCCUUGUCGAGGGAAGCACUUUUGCCGCCAAGGUUGGCGCAUCGUGCUCGUGGUGUGACUCGCAAGCCCCCCAGAUCCUCUGCUAUAUGCAGACCUUCUGGACCGGAUCUUACAUGAAUGCCAACACCGGUGGUGGCCGUUCCGGCAAGGAUGCCAACACUGUCUUAACAAGCAUUGCUACAUUCGAUCCCGAGGCUACUUGUGAUGACGUUACUUUCCAGCCUUGCUCUCCUCGCGCCCUUGCCAACCACAAGGUCUACACUGACUCUUUCCGGUCUGUCUAUGGCCUCAACUCGGGUAUCGCAGAGGGCGUCGCUGUUGCUGUAGGACGCUACCCUGAAGAUUCAUAUUAUAACGGAAAUCCUUGGUUUCUCUCCAAUCUUGCGGCUGCUGAACAACUGUACGAUGCCAUCUAUCAAUGGAACAAGAUCGGUUCGAUCACAAUCACCAGCACUUCGUUGGCCUUCUUCAAGGACGUCUAUAGCUCCGCCGCUGUCGGCACCUAUGCCUCUGGUAGCUCUGCCUUCACAUCCAUCAUCAACGCGGUGAAGACCUAUGCCGACGGAUAUAUCAGCGUCGUACAAUCCCACGCCAUGAACAAUGGUUCUCUUUCUGAGCAAUUUGACAAAAAUACCGGUGCCGAGCUGUCCGCCCGUGACCUCACUUGGUCUUACGCUGCUCUGCUCACUGCCAACAUGCGUCGUAACGGCGUCGUGCCUCCAUCCUGGGGUGCCGCCUCCGCCACCUCCAUCCCCAGUUCCUGCACCACGGGCUCUGCCAUUGGCACUUACAGUACCCCUACUGCAACCUCCUGGCCCAGUACCCUAACCAGUGGCACCGGAUCCCCCGGUUCUACCACAUCUGCAACCGGUUCCGUCUCUACCUCUGUCUCUGCUACUACCACUAGCGCCGGCUCCUGCACUACUCCAACAUCCGUUGCAGUCACCUUCGACGAGAUUGCCACUACUUCCUAUGGUGAGAAUGUCUACAUUGUCGGCUCAAUCUCGCAGCUCGGUAGCUGGAACACCGCCAAUGCCAUCGCUCUCAGCGCCAGCAAGUACACUACCAGCAACAACCUGUGGUACGUGACCAUCAACUUGCCCGCUGGCACCACCUUCCAAUACAAGUAUAUCCGCAAGGAGUCCGAUGGUACCGUCAAAUGGGAGAGUGAUCCUAACCGCUCAUACACUGUGCCUUCGGCAUGUGGUGUGAGCACUGCCACUGAGAAUGAUACAUGGCGGUAG